AGCGACUGAAUUCCAUAUGAAAUUGAAAAAGGAAUCAAAGACUCUGUACAUCGAUCGACAUUCAUUUUAACAGGGGCACAUGAUUCGUCCUCUGGAGCAUGUGUGUCUGAAGAAUGUGUGCUCUGGUCUGGUUCGGUCCGGGCUGAGCAGGGCGUCGAUCUCGAUCUCUGCGUGACGUGAUGUGAUGUUCAGCGAUUUGCAUGCCGUGUCCCUCGUCGUCCUCACGAAUGAACCGACCGAAAAGCUUCCGAGGCUGCGCUGUCUGCCGGACGAAUGGCAACGACACCGAUUUCGCUAGUAAGUGGCCUGAACGCUGAGCUGCGUUCACGCUCGAGUCGUGGUCCCGGAACGCGGAUCGAUCUGAUGAUCUGCGUGGAAGUCGCUCGCAGCGAGUCGGUUACAUGUGACACACUCGCCUGCCGGCAAGCAAGCGCAGGGUGGUGGCGUGAAUGGCAGCGGCGGCCGUCGGUGGGUGGGUACAAUGAAUGACGGACACGAAGUAAAUGCGUGUGCGCGUGCAGAGCAGCAACGCAGGCGAGAGUAGGGAUUCGAUUUGAGAUAUAUGUGCUGAGAAUUUUGAGACGUCAAUUUCGUGUGAGAUACCAGUUCUCGACUAAUUCUGAGGUCAGAAUGCAGGCCCUGGAGGCGGGGGCGGAGCCAUUGCAAGAGAAUGGCGAGAAAGCCUUGCGCUGCAUCACUCUAAAGCGUUUUGAAAAGCCUCGAGGGAAGACUUUCGGUCGUGACCUGCGCAAGCGGAAUUCUGAUCUGUGGCGCUGCCUUUGGAGGUACUGCUUGAGAUCUGAGGAGUUAGGAAUCAGAUUCAAGCUCCGCUACCCUCGAGAUUUCGGUGGGAAGCUGCUGUCGUAGAAAGAUAAAGGGGAAAUGAACUCUUCGUGUACGCGAUGAUGGGCUGGGUGACUGGAAAUUAAAUCAAUCAAAUUCAACUCUGUUAGUGUUCUCAAAUUGGACUGGGUUUCAUUUCGACAUCCCUCAUAAAGCCUCGACUCGAGGCCUAGAAGAGGAGGAACGAUGGGAUUUGCUCUAGGAAGCUGUGUGGCAGCUGCGACUGCGCCCAGAAUGUUCGACGGAGUGAAGUUCAGGCCAAUUGGAUCGAAGAACUGGGAAACGAAAUUGUCAGCUCUGUCGCUUAAUUCUCUGCCCAGACGCUCAGAAUAUCCCGCGAAUGAUGGACCAUCAUUAGUCCCAAUGAAGCGGCGAUUAUGCUCGAAGUCAAACUCAAUAAUGCGCUCGACACGAGGUUUGGCCUCCUCCAUCUCCAUCUCCCCCCUCCUCCUCGCGGACACAGCAAUGACCAAGCGUCGGAACCGCAAGCCCUCGGUCAGAAUCAGAAACGAAUCCCAACAAGGCGACGACUGCGCCAAUCCCAAGGGCGAGUACAGUUACAGACGAUCCAGCGCCCCCAACCGUGGCGACCAUUGCAGCACUGAACCCCUCGAUCAGUCGGGCUACGAGAUAAAAGUGAGCAAGGAGAUGAUGGGAGUGUUCCAGUACGUGGAGAAGGUGAAGCGAGCGAGGCUGCGCGAGCUGUCGGGGACAUUGAGGCAAGUGGCGGCGGCGUGCAUGGUGUUCUCGUUCGUGAAAGGGUUCGUGACGCCGCUGGUGGAGGUGUUCAAGACGGACCCGCCGAGCUGGGGCAAGCUCAUCCUCUUCAUCGGCGCCUUCGACGCCUUCGCCGUCUCGUACAUGGCCAUCAAGGCGCGCGAGCCGCUCGACAAGCUGUCGGCGCUGGCCACGGAGUUCGCCGACGAGACCGAGAUGAUGGGCAACAUCGAGAAGGAGGAGGAGCUCAUGCUCUCGCUCGCCAUGGAGCUCGUCGGCCUCUUCGGCCGCCUGCGCUACCUCGCCCUCUGCACCGCCGUCGCGCAGCUCGCCCACAUCAUCCACGCCCUGCUCCAAGUGCGCGGCAUCCAAUCCAAUUUGCCCCUCUACUUCUCCAAUUUCGUCUCGUCCUGGUUCGGCACCCCUUGGGCCUGAGAGCUCGCGACCGCAUCCUCCUCCUCCCCACCGCCAUUCCAUUCCAUCCAUGCCCCGAUUUUGUUCUCGAAUCUUUCGACAUCGGUCUCGUCGAGUCGAGCCGAUCGCUCUCGGAUCCAACCGAUUGACAGAAUUUUGAGAAAAUCCUUGUCGCCCACCGUCAGCGGAGCUGCGGUGAGUUGACUGACUCGGUAUGCUCGGAAUGCGCCGGGCUGGGGUGAGAUUGAGGCCUGAGCUAUGGUGGGGACCGAGGCGGGAACUCAGGCUCUGUCUGACUGUCAGCAGUCUAAACCCUGGGGAGUAAGUAAGUACCUCAUCGCGUGGAGAGUGAAAUUGCCAAGGCUCAUUCAUGAUCACACGAUCGACCUUCGAUUGUGGACGUAUUGCCAGAAAUUACCAGAUGAUAAUAGACACGAGCAGAGCUGCAGUUGUAGUAAUAGCAGGAAGGAAGCGAUUACGAUAGAUGUGAUGAGGGUGGUCCGGGGGCGGGGUCCACUGCGAGGCCCCGGAACCUUUGCUUCAGGAGAGGGUGAAAAGAGCACCUGCUUCUGCAGCUGGUGCACUUCUGAUGCGAGCCAGAUCAAUUGAAUUGACUUUCCUCGCGGCAUCAGCUCUUUGCUGUUCGGAUUGCCAUGGAUGCACUCGACGCACGCUCAAAGGGAAGCCUUUCCGGGGCUGGGAUUGGAGGAAGGCCAAGGUUUGUGGUGCACUCUAUAGGUCACAGAGCUAUGGACGGGUGGGAGAAGACCCUCAAUUUGUCCAAUUGCGGGUGGAGCAGUUAAGCCCUGCCGUGGCCAAUUGGCGUGAAAUUACACAUCUAGGUGCAGUAGAUUAGCGAUAGAUUUGCAUUUUGACCGAUCGAUUCUUAUGUGGCGUGGGAUGAAAAGGACGAUGUCAACAUCAACCGAACAGAAAACAUUGAUGGAUAGAUUGAUCGAUCGAUUGAUCGAUCGGGCGAGCGCUUGGAUGAUGAGACGGAUGCAUGCUACGACAGAGAGCGGGAGCCUUCCUUUGCCUUCACGACAUGAGAUCUAAGCUUUUCGGCAUGAACGUCCUCCUCUUCCUCCUCCCUUCCCCACCUUUUGAAGAUUCGGGAGAUCGAAAUGGGGCGAGAUAUAGGGGGCAGCUAAUAAUCAUCCCGCACAGUGGCCAUAGCUUCUCCAGCUUUCGGAUGGGAAUCUGAGUUAAAAAUCUGAGGCUUGCACCACCGAGUCAAACAAAGCUCCCUCGACCUACUACACUCUCGGUGGGACCGAUGCGAGCGCAAAAGAACAAUGUCUCGCUCGCGCAUGUCUGGCAGCGAUAACUUGCCGAAUAACCGGACGGAUGGGAAUAUCAGAGCAUCUAUUCAUCGACAUCGCCCGGCUGUCCAAGCCGCAAUCGCCAAGAGCGGUCGGAGGGCGAAGAAGCGCAGGCAGUGCGAAAAUAAUUCAUUGUUCCGGUCGCUCCCCCCUCCCUUCCCAACACACACAUUGCACAAUGCACAGGGCCCCAAAUCGCGCACGGUGUCGAGCAAGUGCGCUCGUGGAAUCCAGGUGAUGGCCAUGGCAAUGUGCACAGACAGAUGCAGGUGCUGCAUUGUUGCAGGCCUCGGUCUCUCCAGCUCCGGGAGAGGUCUAGAGCAAGCAAGGCAAACAACGACAAGAUCCCGAUUGCCGAGGCGGCAGGAGCCCCUCCUUUCACGAACUCGUCCAGCUUAGCAGAGCAGAGCAAACAAACAAACAACCGCAGCAGCAGCACCGGAUGCACCGGCGCGGUGGUUUGUGUUCUGGGAUUCGAUGGCAUGAAAUCUCUGUGAUGCCAUUAGUCUUCAUGACCGGGCUGACUUGGGCUCACUAGUGAGAGCUUCGAGCAGAUAGGAAUGUGGAGAAGAAGAAGUCGUGUGCUGCAUGGGUCAGCCGUCGGCAAGGGCAGCCAGGAAAGGAGACAGUAGAGGUGAGAUCGGUCCCACUGCCAUCAAGAGAGCGCCGAUGGUACAAGGGAGCGACGACAAACAUAUUGAAGACCUGUGGACGGGCUGAGUGAGUGGCUGGCUGGCUGGCUGGCUGCUGGCUCGGCUCGGGUAAGCUCGUUAUUAUAGCGCACACCAAACCAAAAGAAAGCCCAGAUGGUGGGCGAACCUCCGCUUUCCCACACCAGUGACCCGGCCCAGCCAGCCAGACACCAGCAGCAGCAGCAUCAUCGGCAGCGGCUGAGCUGAGGGACGAGCAGUAGAAGAGUCGCACGAAGGAUUCUAUUCCUAUUCCUAUUCCUCGUCCUCGUCUUCGUCUUCGUUUCACCCCGUCGCUCCUUUGGUCGACAGUGGGACCCUCGGGCCAAUUUAUGUGGUGCAUUGCGGACUUUGCUUCGCUAGGUCCACCAUCUGGGUCUGCGACUUCCAACCACAUUGCUGACAAAAGCGAGGAGGAAAAGGCAGCUCUCCCUCUAUUCCUCCCUUCCCAAUAGCUGCGGCAGCUGCUGCUGCUCUACAAGUCCAGUCCAUUACUACUACUGCCACCGCUGUUACUACUGCUGCUGCUACCACUCGCUCGCUCCUGCGAAGGCUCAAAUUGCACUCUCCUUUUUGGCUGCCUCUUCUUUUAGGACCGCUUUUGUUCGUGCUCUCAACCUCCUCGAUUCAAACCACCGCAAUUCCUACUCCCGCGUGUCCAUAACCCACUGGCAUCUCUUGCACAGCCAUCUAGCUCUGGCUGGGAUUCAAUUGAAGGCUUCUACUACUGUCGACUACUACGCGAUAGAUGAUUAAUCACAACACUCUCUAUCAUUCCCCGAUUCCGAGUCCCAUCCGCCAAAUUACGAACACGGCCCCUACUACCUCAUCUACUGCUCACCUCCUGACCUGAGCUGCUGUGCUGUUGGUGCCAUGGCUGCUGCUGCCCACUGCCGCUGCAUACGUGAGUACGAAUGCGCGAGCAUGGAGACAAGGUGGUUGUUGUUGUUCGGUGCACUUUACAUUACUGUUCAAAUCUCUCAAUCUAUAGUUUAUAUAUACAACGACAACAACUUGCAAAGGUGCUACCCUGUUGCCCUUCCCCCCCUGCUCCUCCUCCUAUCCUCUCUGCUCUCUCUGCUCUGCCCUCCGUGCUCUGUGCACAGACCCCAGACCCCAGACCCUGGCCACAUCCAUCGAUCGACUCGACCUCUAUCUCUGGCCUCGCCUGCAAUCUGAGCACUCUGCAGUGUAGACAUGCUUUCUUCUGCAUGGUCCCCUUGACAUGAUGCUCUCGCAGUAAAGCUUGCUUUGACCGGCUCGCUGUCCAGCGUCCACCGAGUACACAGCCGAUGACUCGACGAUAGUCAACUUGACCACGGUUAUGGGGAGCCGCCGUGGUCACCCCUUCUGUACGGUACCGUAGAGAUGAGAGAAGAGCAGUCCGGGUUCUUGGAGCACAGUGAAAUACUGUACCUCUGGUACUGAAAUCUUGCCAAUCAACAGGGACGUCCCUAAAUUUAGAGGAAAGGCUAUGUGGAGCUGGAGGGGAGGGGGUUCGGCGUGAAUCUAGAGAGUGUCUUUUGUCCGAGAGCAAAGCUGCUCCAAAUUGGUUGGUUUGCGUGGCGGCCCUUGAUUGGCGCAUUGCGUGUUAGUGCGCAUCUGGUUCCGAAUGUCAGUAGCUCCCAAAUCGUCCAAAAUCGUUCACAGUGAGUUCGUUGUCGUUGAUUUGUGCCCUUCGAAGACCAGAAGUCGUUAGUGUGUGUGGACUUGUUGCAGCCAUCGUGGUUUUAGGGAUUUGAGCUUUGCUUGCCAGCGAAUAAAAUUUUGAAGCUCCAACUCCACUGUAGGCUUCGAGUUGAAACGAAGUGGAACUUCGCUCUUAUUUAUUGGAAUGUUAGAUCAUGGACACCACCAGCUUUAAUGAAAGGAGAUAAUCUCCAUGACAAGUAGCAAAGAUAGGAGGGUCCGACAUUCAGUAGUCACAAUGUGCUGCUUCAACUUUCAUCCCUUUGACAGCACAUGGUCAUUAAGAUCUCAAAUUGAGAAAGUGUAUAUGAUAGACCACAUACUAGAGAUACAAAUUUGCCAAAAUAUAAUAAA